ACUGAAUCUGAUAUUGAGAGGACAACAAGGAUGAAGAAAGAAUAGGAUAGACUAGAUUAGAGGGAUGUUCAAUUUCAAUUUCAUUUCAAAAUUAUUAUUAUUAUUAGAGCUAUUAGAGCAAUGAGCGCGACGCAACUGUUUCACACGGCGCUGCUACCGUCGCUCCGACCUUGUUGCCGGUGCUAUAACAACGUCCGCACAACCUCCACCGCACAGGGGCUGAGACGCGGGUGGGUCCUCCCCAGCACAAACACGAAGAAAGCUGCUGUUGGUUCAAGAAUAAUAAAGUGUAUGGCGAAUCCAAGGAGAGUUAAAAUGGUUGCUAAACAAAUUAGAAGAGAACUUUCUGAAAUGCUUAUCACCGAUAAUGUCUUGCAGUUUGCCAUUCUUCCAGAAGCUUCCUUCGGUGCCGAUACUUAUCUCUCGUCUGUCACCACCAUCACCGACGUCGAAAUCACCUCCGAUUUGCAGGUAGUUAGGGUGUAUGUAUCGGUUUUCGGAGAUGAAAGAGGGAAGCAAGUAGCCAUGGAGGGGUUGAAAUCAAAGGCUAAAUAUGUUCGAAGUGAGUUGGGGAAGCGUAUGAAGUUGCGGUUAACUCCUGAGAUACGCUUUUUCGAGGAUGAAUCUUUUGAAAGAGGAUGCAGGGUCAUUGCAAUAUUAGAUAAAAUUAAGAAUGAGAAGAGUGGAACAGAUCAAAACGUGGAAGAGUUGGAUCCAUCAGAGAACGAAGAUGAUGCUGAGCAGUUGCGUUCAUCGCCAAAUGAGGACGACUCUGAUUGGGAGGAUGAAGACCCUGAUGACGAAGGUAUCAUUUAUGUGGAAUAGCUGUCCCCGAAAGCAUCAGUGUUGGGAAACACUUCAUUCCAAUGCAUAUCAGUAAAGAUGCUGUCCUUGCUAAUUAGUUAAGUGACUAGACUCUAUCCGAACACGAAACUCUGACAUGUCGGCAGAUUUUCCCCAACUAAGGUAAACCAGUGUUAGGGCAUUAUCUCCAUAAAUGGGAGCAUAUAUUUCAACCUUGCUAUACUUGAUCUCUGGAAAUUGAAUUUCAAUGUUUGCCUGUAUGGAGAAAGCUAUUCAUAUAAAAGUUUAUUUUCAAA